UCGCGGGGCGGGCGGGCGCCGCACCCCUGCCUGGCCGCCUGCGCCCGGGGGAGGCGGCCCACGCGCGACGGGACCAGCAGCAUGAGCAGCGGUUACAGCAGCCUGGAGGAGGACUCCGAGGACUUCUUCUUCACCGCCAGGACCUCCUUUUUCAGGAGAGCGCCCCAGGGCAAGCCCCGAGCCGGCCAGCAAGAUGUGGAGAAAGAGAAGGAAACCCACAAUUACCUCAGCAAGGAGGAAAUCAAAGAGAAGGUUCACAGAUACAACUUAGCAGUCACAGACAAGUUGAAGAUGACCUUGAAUUCAAAUGGGAUUUACACUGGCUUCAUCAAAGUCCAGAUGGAACUCUGCAGACCCCCCCAGACUUCGCCGAGCCUUGGAAAGCUUCCUGCCAGUAGCAGUGGCUGUACGAACACACUCCACAUCAGCAGCACGAACACCGUCGGGGAGGUGAUCGAGGCCCUGCUCAAGAAGUUUCUCGUGACCGAGAGCCCUGCCAAGUUUGCACUUUAUAAGCGGUGUCACAGGGAAGACCAAGUCUACGCCUGUAAGCUCUCAGACCGGGAACAUCCGCUCUACCUGCGUCUGGUGGCCGGGCCCAGGACAGACACACUUAGUUUUGUUCUUCGUGAACACGAGAUCGGAGAGUGGGAAGCCUUCAGCCUUCCAGAACUGCAGAAUUUUUUGCGGAUCUUGGACAAGGAGGAAGACGAGCAGCUGCAGAACCUGAAGAGGCGCUAUGCCGCCUACAGACACAAGCUGGAAGAAGCCCUCAGUGAGGUGUGGAAACCCGACUAAGGCGCGGGCUCCCUGCCGCCCGGGAAGGAAAGGCGCGGACUGUGUGCAAGCCAACAGAAGUGCCUCUCUCGCUGGAGGGCUGUCUUCUUGCCCCGUGACAUGACGCUAGGGUCUUCCCUCUUUGAUCUCUAGAUCUAGUUCCCAAAACCUGGCCCCACGGCACCCCACACCGUCGGCAUCUUGUGUAAGGGAUCCUGCAAGCUUGUUCUGUUACGGCACUGCGGUGUUACCUCCGGCAAGCUGUGAAUCUGUAGUCUCCUCUGGAGCCGUCUUGACUGCUCGAAGCAUGGACUCUGGGUUUUGUUUUUAAAUUCCUUCCUUCCUUUUAGUUACUUUAAUUAUGUGAUAAUGAUGUUAAGCUGAAGGAUGUGCAAAUGAUUUUUUAAAAGCUUAACAAGGAGUCUAUCUGAAUACUUGUCUUACGUUGAAACUACCUGGUUUUUUGUUUUUUUUUUUUUAUGUCAGAGGAAGCGAUGCAUGUGGACUGUAAGGCACAGGAAGCUAGGAACUCUGAAGGCUUUGGGUGAAGGGUUUCGUAGGAGUUUGACAAAGAAAGUGAAGAGCAAGUUCGGCAGAAGGCAGGAGUGGAAGUUGGGGAGCUCUGCAGGGACGUGGUUUGGGUGAGGCGUUGGAGGCAGGGAGAAAGGUGUAUUUGCUGAUGAGGUGAACGUGUUCAGUUUUGAGAUGUUAAACCCAUUGUAGCAUGGCUUGAUUUCCUGGUGAGUCAAAUAUGGGGACUGAGCCAAAGAAAGUAGGAGCUAGACCAAAAGGAGGGACUGGGAAGUCUGCAGCUGAGCAGAACAUUCUGGCAGGUGGACCUUGCAGACCCAGACAGGAGUCACGUCGCGGGGCUGUCCUCCCUGUGACGGUCCCAGUGCUCUCUUUUCGGGGUGGUGGGGCAAUGGCUGUUUGCCAGCUCUGUUAUGUUGUGGUCCCCCCUCCGCACCCCAGCUCUUUUCUGGGUUGGAAAGGAGUCUGGGUAGGGGCGGCUUGUCAGGUGGAGAGCUUGAAGCAUACUUUUGUGACAAUCAUUCCCCUCUUUUCCCUGUUUCCCCCUUUUCCUCCCCUCCCUCCCUUCUUCAUUCGCCCCUCUUUUCCUUCCCCCUUCCUAUUACAGUCUGUUCUGACCAAAGGUAGAAUAAGGAUGUGGAUUAUAGAGACCCACUGCCGCCAGCUCCUCCUCCUGUAGGACUACUUGGCUGUAAGGGUGAGGGUGCCUCUCCCCCCCCCCCCCCCAGCUGGUCACACAAGAGGGGUUCUUUUUGGAAAUGCUUUAACAAAAGUGCAUGUUCCUACCAACCAAAGAAAGGCGUGUGCAAUAGGAACCUUCCUUAAAGUAGGUUAAGUAACCUCAUUUAUUGUUUUGGCCAGCAGUCCGUCCGAAAACAAUGGGAAAGGUGUACUGUGGAUUCGAGGGGCCUUAUAGUCUAUUUUCAGUCUAGAUAGGUUUUGUUUAUAAAUUCCCAAGGAAUUGUCAACACUUUGCUGACACCUAAUGGAUUCUUUUUGAAAUUCCAAGGUGCUUCAAUUCUUUGCCUCUUAAGUGAACUGUGCCUUCAGUUGCAUUUCGGUUCCCCUCUUGGUGUGGCACUUGUGACUUUCGAGAGAACACCCACCCUGUUGGAGGCGGACGUGGGUAGCGGUGAUGCUGUGCGCGCCUGUCACUGAGACAAUCAUAUCUUCCUGAGCUUUUUAAGGAGAGGUGGGGGUGGGGGUUGGGGAGUAGAACUAGCUAUAAAAUAUGUAUGGCACAUCUUGUUGAAUUUUGCAUGUAACUUCUAUUUAGUGCAUCGAUGAGGUUUUAGUGACACUGUCAUCCAACACUUUCACCUUUGUUGUUCAGGGAACGCCUUCAUGAGUUUGAUGCCGGUUUUACUAUUCAGACCGGGGCUUGGGUGUGAGUGAACUGUGGUCAGCCACCUGGUCUUUUAAUCGCCCAUCUCGUAAGCUUAUAGUUUGCGAAGCUUUUGUUUCUCAGAUUAAGACACUGUUAGAACCUAAAGUAGUAGCUGAUGGCUAUUAAAGGAGGGGGGGAGAUUUUUUUUUUUUUACUUGAAGUAGAUUGUCUGAAAUGGGCAUCUUCCUGGUAGGACCCAGAACCUUGCUCCCUGUGUGCACUACGGUUUGCAGUUUGGAAAACUUGCUGUAUUGGAAUUCUGUCCGUGCGCAGCCCUUUGAGUACUGAUGUUCUCUCCCAAACACUGGGUCCUGCAGCCGCGUUUUUCAUGGGUAAAAGAAGAAAGGCCACUAAGGCCAAAGAUUUUUAAAAACCAUUGUACAAAUUCUUAGGUUAAACUGAGCUUUGCUAUAAUACUGUUUUCUCUGCGGUGUGCGAUGGUACAGUUAAACGAAGGGCGGAGUACUACAGGGGAGCAUUUUAAAUCGCGGAAGGAAAAAAGUUAUAAUAUUUAUAAUUUUGAUGAGUUUAUUUUUAUGGGGGAGAUUUUUCUUCCCUACAGUUAUUUCUGGAAUGGCAAAUUGUUUCCAUUAUUAAAAGCCAAAGUUGUUAGCUGA